GCUGCAGAUGGUUACUGUCCAAGGUAUUAGUUUCUUCUAGCUCUGACGGAGAGAGGCAGGAGGAGCAGCUGCUUUUAAGCAGACUAACUGUAGCAUGUAGCCGAGUAGUCUCCAUGCACUAAUAGAGCUAGACUGUUUUAUGUAUGUGAGCUGCAGUUCAAGUGAGAAGUUGCUGGAGGAGACUUUUUCUGCAGAGAAGAGAGACUAGGACAGUCAGAGGCUGUUGUCCGGGCAACAACUUCUUCACAUCCUCACCAAAGCUGCCUUGAAGAAUCACCAUGAAAGAAAGCUAUUCCGGAUACGAGAACCAGCUCUUUAAAGAGGAGGAUCUUACUGGGGAGGAAGAAGAGAUGCCUUCCUUUAGAGGAAGAACCAGAGGUGGCUGUGUGAAAUGCCAGAAGACAUAUUCUCUGCAGCUGGCCGUCAAAGUGCUCUACGGUUUUUUUGUCUUCCUGAUCAUAGCAGUGGCAGUGCUGGCAUCACUAGUAUUUAGGAAGGUCGACAACUUAUCAGAAGAGGAAUCCUUUUAUCAUAAGAAGAUUACUAAGGUCCAGCAAAGUAUACAAGAUCUCAGCACUACCAGAAACUGCUCUGACUGCUUCGACAUGGCCCACUUCAGCGAGGAGAUCAGUAGGCUGAAGAGGGAGUUUGAGGAUCUCCAGAAAAUGAUCCUGGGACAGGAGCAGGUCCUGGAUCAGGCCUCCCAGACCCAGCAGACCCUGAAGGCAGCCAGAAGCAGGAUGACCCGAGACAUGCAGAACUACUCUGUGUCCAUCAGGCUCAUCAACCAGUCCCUGGAGCGUUACUUAGACCAGGUGGACGGUUGGAAGGCGGUCAUCACCGAGACGGACGAGAGCAUGAAGACUCUGUCUCAGGAUCAGUAUGACCUCAAGGCCACGGUGAAUCAGGUCAAUACCACGGUGGCCCUCAACUCCUUGUGGAUGGACGCCCUGCAGAGGAAGACCAAUGAGGAGACAUUGGUCCUGCAGAAGAUGACGGUGGACUGGCAGAACUACAGCCGGGUGUUGAGCGGUCUGAAGUCCAACUCAAGCACCACCACUCAGACGGUGAGGAGCAUCCAGAGUGGGAUCUCGGCCACGCACCAGAGGAUCAGCAUGAGCUCGGAGAUGGUGCACGACCUCACCCUGCAGGUGAUGAACCUGCAGAUGCAGCUGGACAAUGUCACCUCCUUCAUGGACGAGCACGAGGAGAACAUGCACGACCUCCAAUACCACUCCAAGUACUACCAGAACCGGACGGGCGAGAGGUUCAUCACCCUGGAUGCUCGCAUGGACUCCAUCGAGAUGGAGAUCGACACCAUCUCAUCCAGCAUCAACGCCACGGUGAGCCACGUGCAGAGCAUGUACAAGUACAUCAACAUCGAGAGCACGUCAUGCCAGACGCGGAUGGGUAGCCACACGGAGGACCUGCAGAACCUGAACAACACGGUGCUGCUACUGAUGCACCUGGCUGUCACCCUGAGGCAGCAGUACAUGCUGCUGAGCGUCCGUCUAGAUGUGGACGCCAGGAACCUGUCCAUGGUCAUGGAGGAGAUGAAGCUAGUGGACACGCACCACACCCAGCUCAUCCAGAACUUCACCAUUCUCAAAGGCGCACCGGGCCCACCUGGUCCAAAGGGGAACAGAGGGGAAGGAGGAGGCAAAGGUCCAGUUGGCCUGACAGGAAAUAAAGGAGACAAGGGCCCAGCAGGGAACCGUGGUCCUCUGGGAGAGAAGGGCCCUAUCGGGCCUAAAGGAGCUCAGGGGGAGCCAGGACCAACAGGGGCCAGAGGCGGAGUGGGUGUCAAAGGGGUGAAGGGUUCUCUGGGUCAACCAGGUCCACGUGGCGAGAGAGGCGAGAAGGGAGACAUGGGUACUAUUGGUAAGGAUGGAAUACCAGGUCCCAAAGGGCCACUGGGAAUACAGGGCCAAGCAGGGCUCCCAGGGAUCCACGGGCUGCCUGGCCCAAGAGGAAAGCCUGGGCCUGUUGGUCCACACGGGCCUCCCGGAAUUCCUGGCCAACCAGAUCUGCCAGCUUUCCCAGACACGGUGUCUUGAGGGGCCUCUGGUGUCUGAUCACAACAAGGACAGGACGAGCCUCCAUUGGACGUGGGGAAGUACUGGCAACCUGGCAAAGGGAUGGAGGAUGAUUGAAGAGGAUGGAAUGAAUGGAGCAUGGAAGAGUUCACUCUCAAGCGUUCCCCUUCAUGUUACUCCAUUCUUUUCCUUGGACAUUCAAUGGACACACCAUUGAGCAUAUACACACAGCCCAUGUUCAGGUAUAAAGGAGACAUUGAUAACAAGAAGACUUGAGUUUAAAAAGAUGCAUUGCAAGUUGUCAGUAUCAUAUACAGCUGAAUGUAUGUUUGAAGGAACCACAGCACUACCCUGGGGGCUUCAUAAAGAUCUAGGUUUACAAUGCCAUGCACUUUCAUGAGGGUAGUUAAAUAACAAUAGAUUUUUACACUAAUUUGUGAAACAUUAACACGUAAAAUUCUAUUCAAUGGCACUUUUGGUUUUAUAAAGUGUAGAAACUACAGUCAUUUGUUAUGUGUUUGCUUUUGUAUCUUUUAUGUUUCGGAGCAGGUUCUCUGAACACUGACUGAAGUUGAGAUGAUUCAACAGGUCAUAGAGUGUAAUGGUAAGGGAUGAAUGAAAUUGCUGAAGAACCAAAGGUGUCUGCCUGGGUACACAAUUAUGGAUGUAUUGUAUGUUAGUCAGUAAUUGAACAUUUCCUAAAUGACUUAAAAGGUACGGUUUUGAAAUAUAGAUAUUUUUACAAGAUGUAUUUUUGGUUUUAUGCCAACAAUUUGCCAUGUUACAUUGAAGUGUUUUCAGAUUUUCUAGUGUAGGUAAUAUACAUCAUUUUUGUUGUGUUUCCAUUCAUAUUCAUCUCCGCACAUAAUCAGAGCUGUGUGAUGAUCUGUGUAUUUUAAUAGCAAAUACAAAACAUUAAAAAAGUUCAAAUGAUAA